AUGGCGUCGAGUUCGAGCGAAGAUUCUGAGGGCGAAACAUCUAUUCACGGCGAAUUACCACAGGGGUCUGAAAGAGAAUUGAUCGAAUACUACUUUAACCGGGGAUUGCCUUACAAGCAUAUUACUUUGAUGUUAGAAAAACAGCACAAUAUUGCAAUGAAUGAAAGAACCUUGAAGCGUAGACUCAAGGAUUAUGGUUGCUCAAGACGUCAUGAAGUGGACGACCAACUGAGAAGACGGGUUAGAGAUAUAAUUUUGCUCGAAAUCAGAAAUGGUCCUGAUAGUUUAAACGGCUACAGGACAAUGUGGCACAUUCUAAGAAUUAGGCACCAUAUUAAUUUUCCAAGACAUAUAGUGCAGACAAUUUUAAAGGAAGUUGAUCGCCAAGGGACAGAGAAUAGAAAGCGAAGAUGUCUCAAGCGUAGAACAUACGUUUCGCCAGGGCCCAACUUCUGCUGGCACAUAGAUUGCUAUGACAAACUGAAGCCAUUUGGUUUUUUAAUACAUGGAUGUGUUGAUGGAUUCAGCAGAAGGAUUAUCUGGUUGGAACUUAUGAGAUCCAAUAAAAAUCCACGUUUCGUUGCAAAGCAUUUUUUAAACCAUGUGAAAGCUGCACGGGGUUGUCCAACACGUGUGUACACUGAUCCUGGGACUGAAAAUGGGAUAAUUGCAGGAAUGCAAUCCUAUUUUCGUGCUGAAGGAUCAGAUGAAUAUGCAGGGUCAAAUGCCCACAAGUAAUGUAACGAGCACACGUAAUCAAAGAACGAAUGUCAGUGGUCACACGUCAGGAAACAGCGUUCAAGUUGGUGGAUUGAUUUCUUUCAUGACUGGCUCAACGAGUCUGAUCUUCUUGAUCUCACGAAUGAAAUACAUAGAGAAGCAUUGUGGUUUUGUUUUGCAGAUUUAUUACAAGCUGAUCUCGAUAAAGUCAAAGAUUAUUGGAACUCCCACCGCAUCAGAAAGUCAAAACACGCAAUAAUUUCCGGUGUUCCGGACAUGAUGUAUUUCCUGCCGGAGGAAAGGAAAAAUACUCACUGUUUGGUCACAAAAAACAAUCACUGGAAAAACAAUCACUGUUUGGUCACAGUGAUUGUUUGCACCCAGUUUCGGCAGAAAAAGUAA